AUGUCGACCUUUCUUACGCUUUUAUUUAAGUGGGUUUCUUUGCUUUCUCUAAUCUCCUCAACCAUUAAUGUGUCUGCAAGUUUAUACAGACUGCCAAGACUCGACCUUUUCGAAGGAGAACGUGGAAAAGAAGUACAAACACAGGCAGAAGAAAAAAUCCCAAAAGAAUUUAAAACCUUUUUCUACACCCAAACACUUGAUCACUUCAAUUACCUGCCUGAGAGCUAUACCACUUUCAAACAAAAAUAUAUGAUAAAUUUCAAAUACUGGGGUGGUGCGAAGAAAAACGCGCCAAUCUUCGUUUAUCUUGGUGAGGAGUCACCAUUGGAUGGUAACAUGUUGAAAAAUAGUGGGCUUCUAAUUGAGAAUAUCCCUGAUUUUAAAGCUCUCUUAAUCUAUAUAGAGCAUCGGUACUAUGGAACAUCAGUUCCAUUCGGAUCAGCUGAAAAAGUAAUGAAGAACGCUACUCUUCGUGGUUAUUUCAAUUCAGCUCAAGCAUUAGCAGAUUAUGCUGAAAUAAUUUUAUAUCUCAAGGAGAAAUUUCAUGCACACUACUCUCCUGUUAUUGUCUUUGGAGGAUCCUAUGGAGGAAUGCUUGCAACAUGGUUUCGGCUACACUAUCCCCACGUCGCCUUGGGAGCUCUAGCCUCUUCUGCACCUGUCCUUUCCUUCUAUAGUCUCAAUCCAGAAGGCCAGUAUUUUUCCAUUGUCACAAAGGAUUUCAAGGAUACCAGUAACAGUUGCUACCAGACUAUAAAAAAUUCAUGGUCUGAAAUUGAUAAAGUCGCUUCUCAGCCAAAUGGUCUUUCAAUACUUAGCCAAAGAUUCCAGACUUGCAAGCCCUUAAACAGUUCGAAAUUGCUAAAGGACUUCUUAGAAAUAAAGUAUGCCGAUGCAGCUCAAUAUAAUGGUCCAACAAGAUAUCCGGUUACUAAGAUGUGUGAAGCCAUUGAUGGAACACCUAAAGGAACUGAUAUUCUUGGCCAGAUAUUUGCUGGUCUCGUUGCCCAUGCAGGCAAAAAAUCAUGCUAUAACAUGACGUCAACACCAAGAAUUGAUGAGGUGGCGUGGCACUGGCAAGAAUGCAGUGAGUUGGUGGAUCCCAUUGAUUAUCGUCGAAAUGAGGACAGUAUGUUUGAAAGAUUGGAUGAUUACAAUUUUAGUAACUUCACCCAAGAUUGCAUUACAGAAUUUGGCGUCCCGCCAAGACCUUAUUGGGCCACAACCUAUUUCGGAGGCCAAGACAUAAGAUUGGUUCUCAAAAGGUUUGGUAGCAACAUCCUUUUCUCCAACGGACUGCAAGAUCCCUAUAGUAUUGCCGGCGGGGUAUUGGAGGACAUUUCGGACACUAUUGUUGCCGUCAAUACAGCUAAGGGAGCUCAUUGGUCAGACUUAGGGGCAUUUAGGAAAAGUACUGAUCCAGAUUGGUUGGUCAAGCAACGAGAAAGAGAGAUGGAGAUCAUCAAAGGGUGGAUCACAAAGUACUAUGCUGAUCUUUCAUCCAUGAAGAAAAAAUAA